ACAGCCUCCUCAUUGCGCUCGGCGGUUCCCCGGAUCUGUCUCUUGCUUCAACAGUGUUUGGACGGAACAGACCCAGGGUCGCCCUUUCUUCCAGCCUCCGACCACCCUCCAACCUUCGGAGUCAGCCACUCAUCUAUCCACCGUCCAACCUUCGGAGUCAGCCACUCAGCUGUCCUCGGUCACCAGGACCAGCCAACACCAUUUUUUGAGCCGAACUCCUUAUUACCGAUCAACCAUGAGCUCCCAGAUUCGUCAGAAUUAUUCCACCGAGGUGGAGGCCGCCGUCAACCGCCUGGUCAACAUGCAUCUGCGGGCCUCCUACACCUACCUCUCUCUGGGCUUCUAUUUCGACCGCGACGAUGUGGCUCUGGCGGGCGUGGGCCAUUUUUUCCGCGAAUUGGCCGAAGAGAAGCACGAGAGCGCCGAGCGUCUCUUGAAAAUGCAAAACCAACGUGGCGGCCGCGCCCUCUUCCAGGACGUGCAGAAGCCAGCUCAAGAUGAGUGGGGUAAAACUCAGGACGCUAUGGAAGCUGCCAUUAACAUGGAGAAGAACCUGAACCAGGCCCUUCUGGAUCUGCAUGCCCUGGCUUGUGCCCGCGCAGACCCCCACCUCUGCGACUUCCUGGAGAGCCACUUCCUAGAUGAGGAGGUGAAACUCAUCAAGAAGAUGGGUGACCAUCUGACCAACCUCCGCAGGCUGGCUGGUCCCCAGGCUGGGCUGGGCGAGUAUCUCUUCGAAAGGCUCACCCUCAAGCACGACUAGGAGCCUCCGGAGCCCAGUGGCCUUUGAGGAGGCCCUCUGGUGUCAGGGCUUCUGCCUGAAGCCCCUCUCUGCAGCCAGUAGGCAGCCUGUUAACCACACUGGAGCCCUCUCCCAAGCCUUGGACCAAAUGGAAACAAUAAAGCUUUUUGCAGCA